AUGAGCAGAGGUGUAGAAAUGUUGCGUAGCAGUAGUAGUCUUCGACGGGGCGUAUACCACAAUGCACCCAGCGUAUAUCCGUUUGUGAAACCUUUUCAUGAUACCCCGUACGACGAGGAUAGGGGCAAACACGAUGUUGCGAGAAUGCAUUUGUCUAAAAACAAUUGGCCCGAGUGGAUGGAUAAUGGAGCGGAUGCCUCUGGAUACGGGAUAGGACUUCAUCGCGUGCAUCCUCUUUCAAGGCUGCGUGGGAAUCUUAAAACUAGUCCGUCACAUGUUCCGCGCGUUUUGAAUAUGAUGAUUCAAGGUGUUUGGCAUAAAAGUGGUGUUAAGUUGUACUUUCGGGGCGGAAAACCCCCGAAUCCGAGCAAGCACCCCUACUUAACGGGAGAACCUUGCCCCGUCUAUGGGUGGAGGGUGACUGAUGAAUCUGUCAUUAGACAGUUUAACAUGCCAAGCGUGGAUGUCAUGAAGCUGCGAUACAAACCCUAUGUUGCUUUGCAUGAGCGAAAAAUAAUGGGGCCGAGCACGCAUAAACCCAUUGAACCUCAAUCACCGAAGACAAAAGCAGCAGCCAAACCAUUAGUUAAACGGCUCUUCUUUUGGCAGUGA